AUGAUCAUUACAGAGUAUGAGGCCAAGUUUAUAGAUUUAUCCAGGUAUGUGCCUUCUUUGGUUGAGGAUCCGAGAGAGGUGAGACGAUUCGUGGAUGGACUUGAGCAUCGCUAUCGUGGUCUUGUAGUACGAGAUGUGCGACAUGGUACCUAUUCAGAUGUAGUUGACACUGCUCUCCGUUACGAGUCCUAUCUAGAGAUGGACAAAGUUGAGUGUGAAAGCAAAAAGUCACGUAACACGGACCUACUCAGUCAGAAUCAGUGGUGCAGUCUUCUAGUGGUUUUUCAGCUAGACAGGGCCAGCAGCAGAUGCAGAGGAAGGGUAGCAGCUCCUAUCAGUCAGGUUAUCAUCCGAGGUGUUCUAACUGUGGUAGAAAUCACAAUGGUCGUUGCUUUGGGGCAGAUGGGGCUUGUUUUACUUGUGGUGAAAAGGGGCAUAUUGCUAAAUACUGUCCUAAAGGAAAUUCUGGUGCUAGUCGAGCUACUACACAACCGCAGGGAACUACUACAGCUACACAGGGUCAGAUUCGCCCCAGCUAGGGCCGCUCCACAGGGUGCUCGUGGACAGGGUCAACAGGGUGCUCAGGGAGGGGGUGGACCGUCGAGAUUCUUUGCUAUGACCAGACAGGAUGUCGAGGCAUCUAAUGCAGUAGUCACAGAUACUGUCGUUGAGAACGAGGCUAGUAAUUGAAGAUUUCGUAAGUGGAUUCUGUUGCUGAGGUGAGCCACCGCAUUGUUCGUGGAGGCGCCAUUUCGACUUUAUCUAGUUUAUUUCUAGUUAUUUCUUUUAUUUUGGGUUUACAUGCCCGACACUCAAACUCAUGUAACUCUGUUAGAUGCUCCAUGGUCUUAGCGUGGGAUGUGGACUAGAGAUUCUUUUUAUCUUAGCGUUGGUUGGUUUUCAUAAAUCGAUUAUGGAGUUGGUUGGCGACUAUUUCGCAUUUUUAUCAUUAAUAACGUUGUUGGACCUGCACUUAUUUUCUUUUAGUGCUUUUAUAAAUGAUUAAGGGUAUGAUAUAUGGUUCGUCUGGCGGGUGGUGUUUGCUGGGUGCCAAUCACGUCUAGCGGGUAUUUUGGGACGUGACAAACCGGUUCUGAUUCUCAUCUCCGGUUUAGAGUUUUUUCUUCAUCACCUUUCCUUAUAAGCUAGCCCAUUUGCUUAACGUUUGCAACUUUCUCUAUUUUUUGGCUAGCAAGUUCUCGCCGGUAAUUGAUUUCUGGUGAUUUUGGAAUCGGGGUUUUAUUCAACAGCUUAUUCUAAGUUGAGAGGACUAACGCCGGCGAUCGGCAACGGGGACGGAUGGUCGGCAGACAUUGAUGAGGCUUCCUCAAUUUUUAGGAUGUGGGUAAUAAGGGAUUAUGGGUUAAUUUUAAUUAAU